GUUGGUUUGUGAGGUGAAGGCAUUUACAUCAUCACAUCGCUGCUGUUGUUGAAGCAAACAACCAGGCAAACCAAGACUCAUGCAAGACCUGUUCUUAUAGCAGCCGAUUCCACCCCCCCCCCCUCCAACCUUUCCCCUUGAACUGGUUCCCCUGCAGCGCAGAGCAAAGCAUCACCGCAAGCAUGAGCACAACAGCAAAGGAGAUGGACAACUUUGACGACGUCCUCGACGACAUUGUCCGCGAGGUCCAGGACAUGGAUGUUGUCAGCCGGCAGUCUUCCAGCCAGCCCGCAAUCACCAAGACAUCCCUGGUCAAGCCAGAUGAACACGUAUUCAAGCAUCUGCUCGGUACCCUCGAGUCUUUGCUCAAAGAGAACGAGGGCGACUGCAUCUACACCAUCGGCACCGGCGAUGGCGAGCCCUCUGGCCUCUCUGAGGAGGACCUUGCUGCCUCUGUCAAGACGCUUGAGGAGCUGAGCAACAGCUGCGACGCGGACGUCUCUCUCCUCCGCACGCACGACGAAGAGGCCGGCAAAGUCGCAGAGUACCUCGUGCGCCGCAGGUGUGCACCUGAUCAGUUCUCUGAGGUCCGCGUCGCUGUCGUCGGCAACGUCGACGCUGGCAAGAGUACCCUACUUGGUGUGCUGACGCACAACGUGCUCGACAACGGGCGUGGCCUUUCCCGCCAGAAGCUGUUCCGGCACCAGCACGAGAUGGAGAGCGGGCGCACGUCCAGCGUCUCGUACAACAUCCUCGGCUACGACUCCAAAGGCGCAAUUGUUAACAAGCCGGGACACGACGGCCGCCUCGACUGGGUGCAAAUCUGCACAGAGGCUUCAAAGGUGACGACGUUCAUUGACCUUGCUGGACACGAGCGCUACCUGAAGACGACGGUGUUUGGGCUCACGGGCCACGCCCCACACUACACCAUGCUCAUGAUUGGCUCAAAUGCGGGCAUCGUUGGCAUGACAAAAGAGCACCUUGGUCUGUCGCUUGCGCUGCACGUGCCGUUGUAUGUCGUGGUAACCAAGAUCGACAUGUGCCCGCCCAACGUGCUCGAAGCGACGAUGAAGCUCCUGCAGAAGAUCCUCAAGUCCGCCGGCUGCAAGAAGAUCCCAAUGCUCAUCAACAACAUGGACGAUGUCGUUGUUGCGGCCACAAACUUUGUCACCACCAGGAUAUGCCCCAUCUUCCAGGUGUCGAACGUGACUGGGGAAAACCUUGACCUGCUCAAGGCGUUCAUCAACCUCCUCAAGCCCCCCGUGCUCGACGCCGACGACAAGCCCGCAGAGUUCCAGAUUGAUGACACCUUCUCCGUGCCGGGUGUGGGCACGGUCGUGUCUGGGUACCUGCGCCAGGGCGUCAUCCGCCUCAACGACACGCUCAUGCUGGGCCCAGAUGCGCUCGGACACUACCAGGCGACGGUGAUCAAGGGCAUUCAUCGCAGGCGCAUGCCAACCACCGAGGUGCGGGCAGGGCAGACCAGCUCGUUUGCUCUCAAGAAAGUCAAGCGCAGUGCGAUACGGAAGGGAAUGAUGCUUCUUGGAAAGGAUGCAGAGGCAACGGCGACGUGGGAGUUUGAGGGCGAGAUCCUCGUCCUGCACCACCCCACGACCAUCACAGCGCGAUACCAGGCCAUGGUGCACUGUGGAAGCAUCCGGCAGACGGCAACGAUUGUGAAGAUGGACAAGGAGCACAUCCGUACAGGCGACAAGGCCGUGGCGUCGUUCCGCUUCAUCCGCCACCCUGAGUACAUCAAGGUUGGCGAGAAGAUUGUGUUCCGCGAGGGCCGCACAAAGGCAAUAGGAACCAUCACUAAGCUCCUCUGAUGGCGCUCUGUGUGUGUGUGUGUGUGUGUGUGUGUGUGUGU